UCAAAAUCAAAUAUGGCUGACUCGGAGAACGAAGCUAAUUCACAGGGAGAUCCUGGUAGCCCUCAAAGUGGAGGCAGCAGAGCAUCAAGUCCUGCCAAAAGCCCCACAAGUGUAAGGAGUGGUAGCCCAGCUGGCAGUGAGAAAAGUGGGAGUCCUCCAGGAAGCCACAGAAGUGGCAGUCCAGGGGGCAGUGCUCACAGUGGGAGCCAACCUGGAAGUCCUGCAGGGAGUCACCGAAGUGGGAGCCCAGCUGGCAGUGAAGGAAGUCACAAUGCCGAAGAGGAAGGCAGUCAGCAAGGGAGCCCAGAACGGAAAAGCAGAAGUGGGAGCCCGCCAGGUAGUCCUGCAGGUAGUCACAGGAGUGGGAGCCCUGCAGGCAGUAACAAGAGCGGAUCUGCUCCGGCUAGUCCACGUGAGCAAAGUCGGAGUCGAAGUCGCAGUCGCAGUGUGAGUCCGGCAGGGAGCAAAAAGAGUGGUGGUGAUGGUAGCGCACGGAGUCGAAGUGGAAGUCCGGCUGGCAGUCAGAGAAGUGGAAGUCCCGCAGGAAGUCAUCGCAGUCGGAGUGGUAGUCCACAGGGUAGUCGCAAAGGAAGUGCCAGUCCCGCAGGGAGUCAUAGAAGCAGAAGUGGCAGCCCAGCUCAGAGUCAUGCCAGUGGGUCAGAAAAAGGAAGUGGUGGAGGCAGCAGGGCCAGCUCAAGAGCUAGCAGUGCCGACAGUAGAGGAUCUUCUCCACGUAGAAGAAAACGAUCAGGGUCAGGCUCUGGCUCUGGUUCAGACUCUGGAAGUGAUGUGCCCAGGAAGAAAUCAAAACGACAGAUUGGCAGUGAUGAUGAUGAUGACGAUGCUGGAGAAAAAGAUGAACUUGAUGAAAUUGAUCAGGCUGAGAGGGAUGCUUUGCUUCAAGAAGCUGAAAUGGACUUAACGGAUCUUAAUGCAAUGGAGCUGUUUGGAGAUGCCGCUGAUAUCAGUUCAGAUGAAGAAGACAAGACUGCUAAACCGGCCGGAGAAGAUGAAGACGAUGUUGUCAGAAGGGGACCAGUUAUAGAAGAUGAUGAAGAGGAAAACAAAGAGGAAGAACUGCCAGAGAACAGAAUUGAAGUAGAAAUUCCAAGAAUUGUCACCCAGCUUGGAUCAUCACUUCAUUAUGUGAAAUUACCCAACUUUUUGAGUGUUGAAACAAGGCCUUAUGAUGCAGAGACAUACGAGGAUGAAGUUGAUGAAGAUGAAGUUCUUGACGAGGAAGGCAGAGCUAGGUUGAAGCUACGUGUGGAGAACACAAUUCGAUGGAGGAAAAAGUUGGAUGAAGAUGGCAAUGAAGUGAAGGAUGACAAUGGGGAAGUGUUACGUGAAAGCAAUGCAAGGAUGGUGCACUGGUCAGAUGGGAGUAUGUCCCUCCAUCUUGGUGAUGAGAUCUUUGAUGUCUACUCUAUGCCUCUCCAAGGAGAUUUUAACCAUCUUUUUGUACGACAAGGCACUGGAUUACAAGGGCAGUCUGUCUUCAGAACAAAGCUUGUUUUCAGGCCACAUUCAACAGACUCGUUUACGCAUCGUAAGAUGACCAUGUCUUUAGCUGACCGUUCGACUAAGACCCAGAAAGUUAAAGUAUUGCCCAUUACUGGUUUGGAUCCAGAAGCCAAUAGAUCUGAAAUGAUCAAGAGAGAGGAAGAGAAACUCAGAGCUUCCAUAAGACGUGAAAGCCAACAGAAAAGAGUGAGGGAACGUGCCCAUUCUCGUGGCAUUACGUCAUCCUACUUGGAGGGCAGAGAUGAUGAAGAGGAGGAUGAUGAUGAAUCAUUCUCAAUCAGUGCAAUCAAAAACAAGUACAAACAGAAUAAGGACACAAAGCGAUCCAACAUAUAUUCUAGUGAUGAAAGUGAAGAAGAAAAGGAUAGUAAGAAAAAGUCAAAACGAGUCUUGAGUGAUGAGGAGGACGAAGACGAUGAGGAGAUGGCAGUCAAGAAGCGGAAAGCAAAAGUGGUGGAAAGUGAGAGUGAAGGUGAAGGUGGCGGUGGAGACGUCGGUGGACUGGCAGACUCUGACGACGAGAAUGAGGCUCCAGCUGGGGAUGACAGUCAGGCAAAUGAGUCAGGGGGAGGUGGAGGUGGUAGUGACUCCGGAGGUGGUGGUGGUGGCGACGGUGGUGGUGGCAGUGGCAGUGAAUCUGGAGGGGGAGGAGGUGCUGGGGGAGCUAGUGACAGUGAAUAGAAGUAUGUUUGUGUGUGUGUGUGUGUGCGUAUGCUUGAUGAUGUUCGAAAUCUAGAGUAAGGAGUGAGCUUGUUGUAAAUUUUGUUUGAUGAACUAUCACUCUGAUUGUGUAAUAUGUGAGAUUGGAGAGUUUUCUUUUCUGGAAUGGAGUUCUUCAUUAGGAAUACAUUGCUCUCUAGUCUCUGUCUCCUUUUUCAAAGACAAAAGUUGGAUGCCCGGGUCUCAAAUAUUAUUGGUUUCCUCAUAAGCCACACUCUGAAUUUACAUCAUUUUUACAUUAACCCUUUCCUUGGGACAGUCAAGAAAAUCACAAUAACGUGGUUGUGGCCCCUGUUAUUUGAUAAAUCGUCCCUUUAAUCAAACAUAGCUGCCACUUUCCCGCUAAAUAGCGGAAACUCCGCUUCAUCUAGCUUUUCCCGUUACUUUCCUCCUUCCUCCGCUGGACCGCUCUCGGCCGCAAAUCGCGAUACUUUUUUUUACACGCGGAAAUCGCCGAACCGGGAGUGAGACGAAAAAACGGCUUGCACAUGUCCACCCAUAGCUUUCUACUUCCGUUCUGUGCCUAGUUUCACAUUGUUUAUUGUUGUGGACUGUCGAUCGAGCAUCGGGACGAUGGCAUGUCGAGUUAUCAUUAAAAACGGCGGAGAUUCGAGAGAAAUUGAUGCAGAAUGCCAAAAUAAAUGGAGCUGGAUUGAGAAAGAGGCAGACAAUAUGCUUUCAAAAUUUCUUUUGAGAAUUGAACAAGCCGAGUGCUGCACUUUGCAUUUGGUGCGAUAAGUAAGAAGGCAAUUGUUUACUUUCUCGCUUUUAAUUCCGGCCGCGCCUAAAUUUUCUAGAAUCUAGACGAAACUCUAUGCAUCCCCGACUGGAUAUUCAACUCUUUGCGCUGGAGUUAAGAAUACGUAAACCACGGCUAUUUCAUCAUUUGUAGGUAGAUAUAUCUAGAUCUAGUAACGUACACUGGCUUUCACUUUCGGCCUUCCGUACUGAUUUUGAUGGCCAUUGAGUAAAACAUUCUAGAGUUCAGAGUGGUCGCUCGUUACGAAGUCCUCCCCCGGAAUUAAACGCGAGAAAGUAAACAAUUAACACAAUUUUGUACUACAGUGGCAAAGGUGUUGCAUCCUUAAUCCACAACAUUGUUGCUCAAGUCUAAAGUGAAAGAAAUCUUUUUAUGAGACACUAGAUUGCAAACACUGGAUUUUUAGUCUCCAAACUGGGACAAAUGCUUGUUAGUCAACUUAGUGUCUUUUAUUGUUUUUGGUUUUUUUUUUGCAAAUGCAUUUUAAUUCAGUUGCCUGUAGUUAACAAAUAUGACAGUUUUCCCUACCAAAAACAUAGAUGUUCCAAUAUAUUGGAUCUGGAUUUCACUGGUUUUACUCCGGCUUUUGGAGAGCACGCGUAUGCCUUCGCGUGAAUUUCCUCCUUUUUUGAAAUUCCUGAGUGGCAGCUAUGAUCAAAUAACAGAAUCAACAGAUAAGAGUCACAUCUGGGUUUAGCAAGUAUUGCAGUACACAUUUGGUGUACCCUUUCUUUGAACUAAGAUGUGUGUAGUUCUUUAGAGAAUGAUGCUCGGAAGUUGUGAUGGUAUGUGUUUCAUAAUUUUAUCUCAGAGUUGACAGACCAGGGGUGCUAGUAGAGUUUGUUUGUGUCAUUGCAAGACUGGAAUGAUGACUGAGUUCUGAGGAUGAUUAGAUGAGGGUUUUUUUUUGGUUCAGAGAUGUUCACCAGCUGCUCUCAUUUUGUUGUAACAUUUGCAUAACAUUUGCAAAACCUUCCGUUUAGGGUGGUUGAAUCAAAUGUUUUGUUGGUGAUGUAUAAGUAUAAUAAACAAUUAUUUAAAAAAUUGUUUCAAAACAAA